AAGCGAUCGGAAGUCGUAUUGUUGUCGUUGCAGCAUGUCAGUAUGUAGGCACAGCGCUUAAAUUCCUUUUUAACACAAUAAUGAAAGCUUCAAUGCAGACACAGCUUUCUGAGCUGCAUGAGACGAACUAACAGGAGUUUGUUUCAGUCUCAGCUCGUUUUAUUUGUCUGAUCCAGCUGUUGUUUAGUUUGUACCAGAGUCGACAUGAAGCCGCCUCCUCGGACACGAAGUAAACCGAACCGCAACCUGAACCCUGAACCAGCAGCGGCUCCUGCUAAAGCGUCCCGUCGGUGGCAGCGGAGGGAGAAGACUUGUCUGCUGAACGCGCUGAAAAGACUCAACAGGACGACCCGGGGCAAAGGCACCCAGGACAUGGACUAUGCUUACCUGCAGGAGUCCGUGCCGAACCGGUCCGUUUCAGAGAUCGAGUCUGUGGUGGAACUUCUGAAGGACAAAGUGAUUUCAUUAGCAAGCCUCAAGCUGAAGAAUAAAAGACAGGACGAGAAGCUCAAAAAGCCCAUUGAGGUGUGGGCUGACAUGGCUUCUUCCAUCGCAGGAACCCUGGAAAGCUCCAUUUCUUCUGCUUUCUCUCAGAUGCUGAUAGCUUCGUCCACAGAGCCUCGUACCCUGUUGAACUGUGACCCUCCCCAGUUCCCAGGACCAACCCAAGGCAAAGACUGGCCUUCUGGUCGCACCAUCCCUUUUAGACCAAUGUCUCGUCUUCCAGUCAAAGUUGAGCAUCCUGAAACCAACACAGCCAGUCCUCUCAUGGCACUCCAGACUCCAGCAUCAGCCACGGGCCCAGCACCAUCCCCACUGAUUAGACUGGCAAACAGUAAAAACCCUUCACCCCACCAACAGCUUCCUGCCACAGCUGGAGCCCCCACCUCUCAGUCUUCUGCCACCUCCACCAACUCUUCAUCUGGUCCUCAAACGUCCCUUUCCUCAUCCGCCGCCAUCCAAACAGUCCCCAGUACUGCACCACCCUCUGGUGCCUCCGCCCCCGGCCCCACGGCCACACUCUCCAAACCUGCAAGUGAAUGUCAUGAAAGGUUUGGUCGCACCAGCAAGUAUGCUACAAAAGACAGUCCCAGGAUAUUUGGCGUCAAGAGCAGAGUCGACUUUGAGAGGAUCUAUCGCUACCUGACUUUCAUUCAUCACCCCAAUGAGGAGUGUAACCUCACCCCCAUGGAGAGUGCUAUAGUGUUGGACCUGUUGAUGUCUCUCCCAGAGGAGCUCCCCCUGCUGGACUGCCACAAACUAAGCGAACAUUUCAUCCAGGUGCACCAGUUUCUCUCGACCCCAGCUGACUCCGAGACGGCAGAAAAAAUGUUUAAAGGGCUGAAGGACACACUCACACACUGUCCUCCGAUGAAGGUAGAGAGCAAUGGAGACAGUAACAAAACCAGCAGUCAACAGAACACUGCUGAGACAGCUGACGGCAGUGAAGGGAAGACACUGCAGCCAGAUGAACCUGAGAGCCAAUCAUCAGGGAACAAAACCACAUCAGGACAGUCAGGGGACACAGACCCCAAGGGACAGUCAGGGGACACAGACCCCAAGGCACUCUGCCCUCCCCUCAACCCUUUCAUGGUGCCAAUAGAGCUACUGAAGCGCAAAUAGGAUGCUUUAAUUAUGUCUGCAUUCUAGAAUAACACUUUUUUAAUUAUUAUUGUCACAUUACUUUACUAAAUUAUUUGGUCAUUGUUUGUCCCUAACGAUUCUCCAGAAGAACCUGGAGAAUCUGGUGUCUGGUCAGUUUCACUGUUUGACCAGUUACCUUCUUAUUUAAAUCAACAUUUUCUCUAUUGUUGCUUUUGCUAAGACAAGGUAUAUUACAAGGUAAUAAAGGUCCCAUUUUGUAAAAAAGAUGGAUUUCCAUGUGUUUUUUAUUUAUUAUAAAGCAGGUUGUAUGAGCCAUAUUCAUUUUUGUAUUUCAUGUAAUUUUGCUCCAUGCCACUGGGGGGAGCUGUGUUUGCUGUGUGGCUCAGCUGACCUCGGGUCAGCUGGGUUGGGCCAUUUAACCUGGGGGAACCCAGACACCGGUGUUGCUGAUUUGGGAAGCGAACAGUUUUCGACUGUGCCCAGUUUAUGCCCAGUUUGUGCCCAGUUUGUGCCCAGUUUAUGCCCAGUUUAUGGCCAGUUUAUGCCCAGUUUAUGGCCAGUUUGUGCCUAGUAUUUUGGUCUUUGAUAUAAGGAACAAUUCGGUUUGUUGUUUUCGUUACAUGUGUAUAUUAUGAGUUAAAGUCAUUGCAGCUGUAUGAUGGGGAAAAUAAAUCGGCGAGAUAUUUUGUAAACAUUAUUGCACUUUCUGUUUUUAUAUGUUCGGAGUGCACUGGGCGCACAUCUAAACUAAAUCAUCUUUAUUAGCAACCAGUACUAGACUUCUUUUAGGAAUUAGUCAGUAUACAGGUCUAGGUGCUUGUGAUGUCACAACUAUACUAUAUAUAUAGGUAGAAAGUGUCGUUAGUUAUUCCCCGGCUGCAAUGACAUCAUCAGAUGUAUAAGACCUGGAAACACUGACCAAUACAAGGCUGCAACUACUGAUUAUUUUCAUUUUAUCGAUUGAGCUACAGAUUGUUUACUCUUUGGAUUGCAAAAUGUCAGAAAUACAGUUGUGUGUCUAACCAACAGUCCAAAAUAUCUACAAAUUACUAUUACAGAAAAUCUACAAUAUUCACAUCAAAAGCCAUAAGCAGCUUUUUGCAUUUGUGCUUUAAAAAAUCCAAAAAUAUUAUUACAUUAUUAAAAGAGUUGCUGAUGUAUUUUAUGUUGAUUGACUAAUCAGUGAAUAAACUGUUUCAGCUCCAGUAUCUCAUAAACAAAUGUUUGUUUGUCAAAUUAGGGACCACAAUGGAAAUAAGCCUUGGGGCUUUAUUGUGUCAUCCCUGACUUUUUUUUUUAUCUAUUUAUAUUACGUAUGACACAGGUUGCUGUUUCAUAUUUUUUUAUAUCAAG